UCUCUCUCUCGCGGAUCCGUUUCCCCUUUGCCGGACUUCGGGCCUCCGAACUAUAUAUAUAUAUAACCCGCUCCGGAACAAACCCACCACUAGAGACUAGAGAGAGCAAAAAGAGAAAGUUACCGGAAAACCCAACGAAGCCAUGUGCCUUUCCUCUUCUCCACUUCUCCCUCCAGCUCGCCGCUCCUCCUCCUGACUCAGUUCCCCCUUCCCGCCGACGAACGAGUCAUCUCCUCUCUCUCAACAAAACAAAAAAAUGGCCGAGUCGCGCCGCCUGAACCGGCGAACCUCAUGGUGCUGCUCCAUCACUCACCCUCCCUGCAAAAGCCCCGACUACUGCCGCGCCCUCCCGUCCUCCAACUCCAAGCGCAAGCCGAAUCCGAAGAAGUCCAAUUCGAAGAAGGCGACUCGCUCUAACUCGCUCCCGUACGACUCGCAUCAGGGCUUGAAAUUGAGCUUCGUCGGCAAGAUUGACCCCCGCAAGAUCCUCUCCCCGGGCCGCGUCUCCCCAAUCGACUCCGAUCCCACCGCCGGGGAGCUCGUGCAAUCCGCGGCGUCGGCGGGGACGGCGGCCGAGGAACAACGCGCUGCCGCCGCCGCUCUUCCGGCGACGGCGGCUGUGGUAGAAGUGGAAUGUGCGAGAUCCGAGAGGUCCGCUUCCUUCAGAGGACUGAACGAUGUUGCAGGAGGCGGCCUCGGGUCGGGUUCGGGUCAUUUCGGGUUGGAUCCGGGCGGAGGCGGAGGCGGAGGGGAUUCGUUUGACGUGAGGUUGAAUUUGAGAGGGAGGAGAGGCGGGACGUUGGUGCUGGAGAUGAGCUCCGAGGUUUUGAUGGCGAACUCGGAGGUUUUGGGAGAGCUGGUGGCAGAGUACAGGAAGGGGGCUCACAAGGUGAAUCGUAGUAAUAGUAAUGGUAAUGGUGGUAGAAGGAGUAGAUCGAUGAAGGUUUGCAGAAUUGAGGUCCCUGACGUGGAGAACAUUGGGGUUUUCAGAGAUACGAUCGAGCUGAUGUUUGAAGACGACAUUACUUCCAAGCUCUUCAAGCAUGGAGCUUAUCGCGCCAUUUCUAUUCUUGAGGUAUCAGCUGAUCUUAAAUUCAGCCGAGGCGCCUUAUCUUGCUUGAACUACCUUGGGGCAGUGCCUUGGACAGAAGAGGAAGAAGAAAAACUCAGGCGCAUAAUGACCAUCCACAAGUUCGACGAAGCAGCCACUCGAGACAUCCUAGACAGACUCUAUAUUCAGGUACCAAGUGAAGACUCACAAUGGAGUUUGACCAAACAACUUCUCUGGUCGAUCACCACUUGUACGGAUCCAUCUGCGAGAAACGAGUUGAAAUCUCUGGUGAAGGGGCUCGUCUCCAAGAGCUCGGUCUACGAUAAACAACGGCCUGCCCUGAACAAGGCGGAUGUGUACGUUAUCUGCCAGAGCUGCCUCGAUUCCCUAGCAUGCCUCUUUGACGAGGCAUCAUCAUCACAGCCUAACACCGACACUGGACUAGCCAAAAAGAGCACACCAGCUGCUACUAGGUCUCUGGUCGAGAGGAUUUCGAUGCAGGUUGACAACGUCAACUGGCUUUUAGAGAUCCUGCUCGAAUGGCAGAUGGCUGAGGAGUUCGUCGACAUGUGGGGUAACCAAGAAGAACUCAGGAAGCUCCACGAGGGAGCUUCUCCAUUGUUUAGAUACGAGCUCAGCAGAGUCUCUGCAGCCCUGUUCAUUGCCAUGGGGACCAGAAGGUUGCAUUGUCAAUUUGAGUCGAGAUCAAUGCUUUUCAAGACGUGGUUUCGCCCCAUGCUGCAGGAUUUCGGGUGGAUUCAGAGGUGCAAGAAGGGGUUGGAUUUGAAGGUGUUGGAAGAAGCAAUUGGCCAGUCGCUGCUCACACUUCCCCUGGCGAUGCAGCACGAGCUGUUCAUGGAGUGGUUUAGUUACUUCUCGAAGCACGGGAACGAUUGUAUAAAUCUCGGGAAAGCGUUUCAGAUGUGGUGGCGAAGGUCGUUCCUUAGAGGCUCGGAGACUCACGGUGUUGAAUCCAGGAAGCUUAGGGUUAGGUUUAGGCUUCCAAUGGCAGAACCUUCCAACAUCAAAUUCACUACAAGACCACUGACAGUAACUUCUACAUAAGAGAGAUUGAAAUCUCUUCAAAAAUGGCAAUCAUUGGGAGGGGGGAAAUUGGAUGAAUUCUGGAAGACUUUUAACAUACUGCAGAUGGCAAGAUUUGUCUUGAGAGAGUUCCCACGUGGCAUUUCUUUGUAAACAUGAAAGAAAAACGACUUUAAUUCUUUAGUAUAGAAUACCAAUAAUAUAUAUGUUCUAACUUCUAAGCAAACCUAUUACUGGUAAUCAGAUUUGAAAAUGGUUAGUUAUCCUAAACACAUGUAGUUGUGAACAUUUUAUUUAUUAUAGAUCGGUAGGGUGUUAACAUGCAAAUGUAAAACUUUUGUGAAGAUAUGAUGCAAUCUCGAAUUCGCAUUGUGCCUCUUUGCAAGGAUCGAACGGGGUUAGCAUACAAUCGAAGCAAGUACUGCAUGUCGUCGUAAAUUGGGAGUUGUUGUAUUGUUGUAGCGAUCUUGUUCGAAAACCGUAUUUGCACAAGACUAGCUGGAUUUUAAGCUCAGCAGCACAAUAUUCAGGAACACAA